AUGUUGGGUGGUAUCGCCCUGAUCGUCAUCCUCGUUGUGCUGUUAUUAUUUAUGCUUAGGUGUGCGGUAUACUAUAUUCCCCGAUGUUUUGGUUACGAAACCACUAAUCGACUUGAAGGACCCGGCCAUUCCCUCGGAAUGUACUCCAUGGAUCUGCAGGCACAUGGCAAGAAUCAAGGAUACGCAAAUGUCGGCUACAUACAUCGGGAAUCGGUAACUAACGCAUAG